GUUUGCUAUUUGUCCCGUUACUGUACGAUCUCCUGAUGUAUCUGUUUGACGUCAACGGGAUUCUGAUAAGUCAUGAAGACGUGCGACAGCAGGAUAUAAAAAAGGAUGGGAGCUCAUACCCGUUCCAGAAUAAUCCAUACACUGUCCAAUCUCCAACCAUGCAGAGUGGAAAGGCCGGAUGGGUUGCAGCGCUGCUCUGUGCUUGUAUGGUGAUGCUAGGACCAAUGGGACAACCUGUGGACAACCGGGAGGACAUGUCGACAGUCACUCCUCAGAUUGAAGGGGUAUCAAGUGAAGAGAUGAUGCCAACUUCCGCAGCCGAUGCCGAGAUGAAUUCAUCAUUCGCUCUCGAGCAUUAUGUGCGUCAGUCCCAGUCGUUGUCUGCUGGGGAGCAGGAGUUUGUCCUGAAGAGGAAACAAGUUGCUCUGAAGUCACUCAACAGGCUGGGAAUCGAGUGUUCACUGGAUUCAGUCCCUCACAUCGCACUGUUGGGGUCAGGUGGGGGUCAGAGGGCAGUUGUGGGUCUGGUGGGUUCCCUCUAUCAGAUGGAGAAGGAAGGCCUGUUGGACACUGUGCUCUACCUGGGAGGAGUUUCUGGCUCUGCAUGGUCCAUGUCCUCCCUGUACAGUGACCCACAGUGGAGCUCCAACAUGGACACAGCAGUGUCCAAGCUGUCAGGUCCUGGGGUCGGACCAGAGGAGGCUCUGGCCUGGCUGGGUGAGAGGGCAAAGGGGGAGUACUUCUCUCUCACUGAUAUCUGGGGGGUCAUCAUCUCUGCUGGCAUCACGAAACAGUUGGACCUUCGGCAUCUUUCUGGGGACGGCAUGGAUGCCUUCAAUCCCUAUCCCAUCUACAACGCAGUGAACAAAAACUGCCUGCAACAUGGCCCUGAAAAUGCUAAAUGGUUUGAGAUGACUCCUCACGAGGCUGGCUUCACAGAUCUGGGUCUCUUCAUUAACACCUCUCAUGUGGGCAGCAAAAUCCACGAAGCAGAUCCUGAAGGUCAAGGGCCAGAGAUGGACAUGACCCAGCUGCAAGGUAUAGUGGGCAGUGCUGUAGCAGAUGAACAGAGUCUGGUCAACUAUAUGCCCGACUGGCUGAAAGGUCUGGUGGCUUCAGCAGCUACUGAUGAAGACAACCUACUGGAUGUGGUGUUUCUCUGGACUGAAGUUCCACAGCAGAUCAAGAGUUCCUGGGACGUCUUGGCCCGUUACGCGCGCGGGUACCAGAGUCUUUUGAAGCUAACAGAAGUGAUCCGAAAAAACACAGAGGAUGCCGCUGUUUUGUCGGACCUGGACAACCUGCAGAAAACACUGAAAGAAAAUAUGAACAUAAACCCUCUGGCAUCAUUUGGAAAGAAGAGCCCGGAACAACAAAAGCUGAUCCUUGAGCAGUGGCGUCAGAAAAUGCUGGCCCCCGUACACAUCUGGAGCCAGAGUCUGGACGAAGGACCAGCCAAAGAGAUCGUCUCUUGGUUGAUCCAAAACGCCAUCCCUCUGAUAGGGAAAUGGGAAUGGGGAACAACUGAAAACUUCCUCUACCAGUACCCAGGUGCUGAGGUGCCGUCUUGUAUCAGCCUUGAGGAGCACCUGCAGCUGAUAGACACCGGGGUGAUGCUCAACACUCCCUACCCUACCUUCUUGGGAGAAAAGAGAGACGCAGACCUCCUCAUUGAUCUGGACUACGGGGCUGACGACACCUUCAAGACUCUGACUCUGACCAGAGAAUACGCAGCGGCCGUGAAGAAGCCUUUCCCCGAGAUAAAUGAAACGAUGCUGGAGGAGAGAGACUGGCCGAAGGACUGCUACGUGUUUGAGGGGAAAGAGAAGGAGCCCACCAUCGUUUACAUGCCACUAUUCAACAGACGCAACUGUAAAGAUGCAGAGGAGGUCAAAGCAAAGAUGGAGGAGUUCUCCACCUUCCAGCCUCCCUACAGCCAGGACAAGAUUGAGUUUUUGUUGGAGACGGCGAAAGCCAACAUCAAGAACAACAAGGAAACUCUGCAGAGGGAGAUUUACAAGGCUGCUCUCCGCAGACACGACAAGAGGUAGAGUGGUCAGCGUGAGGAUGACACACCAAUAGAUGAAAUGAUGGAUGUCUAUCACAACGGGUCUUCAGCGGAGUCUGACCUCCAAACUUGAUAGAGCUGGUGUCACACGAGCACGGAGACAUUUUUAAUUUUUCAAUGAUUUGUGUUUUAUUUCUCCGUUGCUUUAACACCCUGCAUAAUUGUUUGACAUUGAUUUGAAACCCUGUUUAUGUCUGUACAUGACUGACUGAUAUUCAUCUGGAUGUAGUAACGUAAAGUAAACACUAGAGGUCGGUCCAUGUUCAACGUGUUUUGACUUGUUCCUGCGUUACUCCUACUGUCAGAACUCUGACAGAUACAGUCACAUUCUGCAGAAUAGUUUACAGUUGUUAUACAGUUUGUACAUUUGGAGCUAUUCAUGGUCCUCCAUAUUACAGCUGUGUUCCUGUUCCUGCUCAUUUUAUGAAAUUGGUUUGAUUCAGCAUUUGAUUUCCCCACAUGUGUGAAAUGAUGUUUUUCAUAUAAUAAACUUUUAUUCAAGAA